UAUAAACCCUUAAACCUACGCUUUCUCGUAUCAUUUCCAGAUUUCUCCCCAACUUCCAUUUUUUCAAUUCUCACGACCAUGUCUUGCUAUAGAGGAAAGUAUGCUGAUGAGCUUAUUGCCAAUGCUACCCACAUUGGCACACCUGGAAAGGGUAUUCUUGCUGCUGAUGAGUCAACUGGCACAAUCGGAAAGCGUCUCUCCAGCAUCAACGUUGAGAACGUUGAGUCGAACAGGAGGGCCCUCCGUGAGCUUCUAUUCUGCACUCCCGGUUGCCUCCAAUACCUCAGUGGAGUCAUUCUUUUCGAGGAAACACUCUACCAGAAAACUGCUGCAGGUAAGCUUUUUGUUGAUGUCAUGAAGGAGGCUAAUGUCCUCCCUGGAAUCAAGGUCGACAAGGGCACGGUGGAGCUUGCUGGAACCAACGGGGAGACCACCACACAAGGUCUUGAUGGGCUUGGCGCACGAUGUGCUCAGUACUAUUCCGCUGGGGCACGGUUCGCCAAGUGGCGUGCCGUUUUAAAGAUCGGCCCCAAUGAGCCAUCCCAGCUUGCCAUCAACGAAAACGCCUAUGGGUUGGCCCGUUAUGCCAUGAUAUGCCAGGAGAACGGUCUGGUUCCCAUUGUCGAGCCUGAGAUUCUCGUGGACGGACCCCACGACAUCAACAAAUGCGCCGACGUGACCGAGCGUGUCCUAGCUGCAUGCUACAAGGCUCUUAACGACCACCACGUGCUUCUGGAGGGUACCCUUUUGAAACCCAACAUGGUUACACCAGGAUCCGACUCCAAGAAGGUUGCACCUCAAGUCGUGGCCGAGUACACAGUCCGAGCCCUCCAACGAACAAUGCCAGCAGCCGUCCCAGCGGUGGUGUUCUUGUCUGGUGGUCAGAGCGAGGAGGAGGCCACCGUGAACCUGAACGCCAUGAACCAGUACAAGGGAAAGAAGCCAUGGAGCCUAUCGUUCUCCUUUGGGCGAGCCCUGCAGCAGAGCACCCUGAAGGCUUGGGCUGGAAAGGAUGAGAAUGUGAAGAAGGCUCAGGAGGCGUUUCUGGCUAGGUGCAAAGCGAACUCAGAGGCAACACUGGGGAAAUAUCAGGGGGGCGGUGCAUUGAGCGAGGCGGCGUCAGAGAGCCUUCACGUUAAGGAUUACAAAUAUUGAGAGCAUGAAGUGUUUGAUGACUGUGAAUGCUGGGAAUUGUUUUUGGUCUGAAAGAGAGGGGGGGUUUUAUGCCACCUGGGGAAUAUUUGUAGGUUUGUGUUUUUGUUUUUAAUAUUAAUAGCGAUGGCUAAAAUAAGCUUGGUUCAGAUUGAUGAUAAUUUGAACCUUUUUUUCCAAUGUUUUUUUUUCCCUCUUUUCUAUGUUGUUCAUUUUGAUAUUUACCUUUUUGGUUAUUUGAAAUACAAAGAAUUGUUGAAUGCGCAAUG